GAGACUGAGAUCUAUUGCACUGAGCGUCGACAGCAAAGUCCAAGGAAGAGAGGCUCGUCCCCUCAAACUGCACAAGUUUUCCUUCUGCACACUUGGGCCAGAGUCUGCGACAAACUACCGGGCAGGGACCGAGAGGGCUGAGGCCAGUGUCUGUUUGUGACGGUACGUUAUUGCAAGUACAAUGAGUGAUCGUGCCUAUGUUCUGGUCUCCGCACUCAGCGAGACGCAGGGCAUUCCACAAAGAUGUGCAGACGUUAUCAGGGAGCAUUUCGAUGUCGCCACCAUGGAAGAAUUCCUGAAGAACAAGGAGCAGCUUGAAAAUAAAAUCAAGGCUAUUUUCAUGUGGGAGUUUUGUCCCGUCGUAGAUGAGAAGCUUCUCCGCUCGCUCCCUGCCCUGAAGGUGAUCGUGAACAAUGCCGUCGGUGUGGACCACUAUGACCUGCCUUUGAUCUUCAGUUUUGGGGUGAAGGUGGCCAACACUCCUUCUGUGGUGGACGUUGCCACUGCAGACAUGGGCAUGGCUCUGCUGUUGGCAUCCGCCAGGAAUGUAUUGGAAGGUUACAGGAUUGCAACGUUACCAAAUAUUACAGCCUUUCCGAUCAACUUUAAUGGAGUGGAAGUGACCGGAGCGACUCUUGGUAUCAUUGGAAUGGGAAGGAUCGGUUACAAAGUUGCUCAGAGAGCCAGAGGAUUUGAUAUGAAAAUCCUGUACCACAACAGGAAUAGGAGACCAGAGGAUGAGGAGAAGUUGGUCGGUGCACGCUACUGUGUGAAGCUUGGCGAUCUCCUCCAGGAGUCUGACUUUGUGAUGGUGGUGGUGAAUCUGACUCCUCAAACCCGCAAAUUUAUCGGGGAAAAAGAACUUUGCCAAAUGAAGCCCUCUGCUACUCUGAUCAAUAUUUCUCGAGGUGCGGUGAUUGAUCAGGAUGCUCUGGUACAAGUACUGCAGAAGAGGAUAAUUCGUGCAGCUGCUUUAGACGUGACUGAUCCCGAACCAUUGCCCAGGGAUCAUCCUUUGCUGCACCUGCCAAAUGUCACUCUGACUCCUCAUUUUGGUACUGCCACCGACCAGACCACUCUUAAACUGGUGGAUAGAAUGAUUGAAAAUGCUUUGGCUGCCAUUCACGGGCGUCCAGUUCCCAAUGAAGUACUGUUGUCAUGAUGGAUACAGGUUAAUUAUCAUCAUCAUCGUUAAAAGCUUAUAGAAAAUAAAAGCUUUGAUAUUAUAGAAAUAUAUCGUGCAGAAGGAAACCACUUGGUCCACAGAGAACACACAAGAUUUGCAAUAUUUAGGCUGUUCUUAAUCUUGACCCCCCUACAUUUGAUCCACAUCAUUGCCUUACACCACAGAUGUAGUUUAGUUUAGUGUAUUGUCACAAAUACUGAGGUAUAGCGAAAAGCUUUUUUUGUUGCGUGCUAUCCAGUCAGCAGAAAGACACUACAUGAUCAGUCUGAAGAAGGGUCUCGACCCAAAACAUCAUCCAUUCCUUCUCUCCAGAGAUGCUGCCUGUCCAGCUGAGUUACUCCGGCAUUUUGUGUCUACGUGAUUACAAUCGAACCAUUUACAGUGUAUGAUGAGGGAAGAACAUUUAGUGCAAGGUAAAGGCCGAUUAAGGAUAGUCCGAGGAUCACCGAUAAGAUAGAUAGGAGUUCAGGAUGCAGUUCAGUCGUUCAGAUGUUACACUAUAGGACGGACCUUUGGAAAAGAGAUGAGGAGGAAUAUCUUUAGUUUGAGGGUGGUGAAUCUGUGGAAUUCAUUGCCACAUUCGGAUGAAUUACCCCAGCACUUUGUGUCUAUUUUACCUAUAUCAUACCUCUGCUUAGAACGGUUGGCUUAACGCUGGAUCUACCUUGACCUGUUCCAUAGAAGUGUUGAACCUGACUGAAUUAUCACUACCUCCAAUAUGCUGUUCCACAACUGACCUUUACACCAGUCCACAUUUACACCUGUAACCAGGUCAGAGUUGUUCCCGGCAUUCAAAAUAACAAACUGCAGAUGCUUGAAAAUUUGAUGAAGGAUCCCGGACUUGAAAUGUUGACUCUGGUCCAGUCUUCAAGGAUGCUGCCUGACCUGCUGAGUCUUGCUACCACUUUCUGUUUCCAUAUUGUCUAUUUUUGGGUUUUCCAUAUACUGAUUACCAAUAUUAUCUUGAAAAUGUUAAGAAUUUUGAAUACCAUCUUUUAUGGCAUGUUCAUAGAAUGGUUGAAGUGGUCUGUUUAGACACAAGGCAGCAAUAUCUGAAUAAAUCUUUAUUUCCCUUCUUUCCUUAAUAGGAUUUUAUAUUAUGAAGGGUCUGUUUUGGGAAUUCCUUCCCUCUUCCCAUAUACGUAUUUAGCUCCCCUUCCAGGCAAGUAAAAAUUCCUUGUACGGAGAUGAUCGUAAUUUUUAUUUUAGUUUAUUGUCACGUGUACUGGGGUACAGUGAAAAGCUUUUAAGUCUGAAGAAGGGCCUCGCCCCAAAACAUCACCUAUUCCUUCGCUCCAUAGA